UCACUCCACGCCUCUCUGCCCUCUCUGCCGCGUCCAUCGCCUUGGGAGAGCAGCAUGUGGACUAUCGAGGUGUCGGCUACGGUCCUAUCUAGGCGGCUGCGAUGAACAUCCCUUCUCUCGAGCUCCCACUGGGCGCUUUCGCAGCACUGGACACCCCGAAGACCACCUCGAGUACGCGCGCCCAUUACUCCCCACCAUGGGCAGAUACCUCAAUCAUUGGCGUGGCUGGCAGCUCCGGCUCGGGCAAGACCUCACUGUCCAUGGCCAUCAUCCGCGAGUUGAGCUUGCCCUGGGUGGUGAUCAUGUCUAUGGAUAGCUACUACAGGCCGCUGUCCCCGGCUCAGUCUGCAGCAGCCUUCAGAAAUGAGUAUGAUUUUGAUGCACCGGAAGCUAUUGACUUUGAUAAGCUGGUGGAGAAUCUACGAGACAUCAAAGCUGGCAAGAAGACAGACAUCCCAAUCUACUCCUUCGAGAAACACGCACGAGUAGACAAGACAAACACAAUCUACUCGCCUCAUGUACUAGUCCUGGAGGGCAUCUUUGCGCUUCAUGAUCAACGCAUCCUGGACCUGCUUGACCUUCGUAUUUUCACCGAAGCAGAUGCAGAUCUCUGCUUAUCGAGGCGUCUCCUGCGCGAUGUGCGUGAGCGCGACCGCGACGUCGAGGGUUGCAUCAAGCAAUGGUUCAACUUCGUGAAGCCAAACUUCCACAAGUACGUGGAACCACAGCGCAAUGUUGCCGAUCUCAUCGUGCCUCGUGGCAUUGAAAACAAGGUUGCCAUUAGCAUGGUCUGCGACCGCGUGCACAGGACGCUGGACGAGAAAUCGCGCCAACAUCAGCUCGAGCUACGGCGUCUUGGACAGACAUCGGAAGAUGCCACAAUGUCUUCGAAUGUCGCUAUUCUGGAGCCCACCAAUCAAGUCCGCGGCAUCAAUACAAUUCUUAUGGACCCUGGGCUUGAGCGAGAAGACUUUGUAUUUUACUUUGACAGGAUAGCAGUCAUGCUCGUUGAGCAAGCCUUCGCUAGCGGGAUGUGUUAUAAGCAGCAUGUGGUCAAGACUCCUAUGUCCGGCCAGGUAUACCACGGUCUGGCUAUGGAUGGCGAGAUCUCUGCGGCAGUAGUCUUGCGAGGUGGGACAUGCCUUGAGACUGGACUGAAGCGUGUGGUGCCUGAUUGUCGCGUUGGUCGUCUGCUGAUCCAGACCAAUUUCCGCACAGGAGAGCCGGAGCUUCACUACUACAAGCUCAAUCCGGACGUGCAAGAUCAUAAGAGGGUCUUGCUGCUGGAUCCCCAGAUGAGCAGUGGUGGUGCAGCGUUGAUGGCUGUGCGGGUAUUGCUUGAUCAUGGCGUCAAGGAGAGUCACAUUGUCUUUGUGACUUACAUGGCCGGGCGAGACGGCCUCAACAGGCUGAUGAGCGUGUACCCAGAUAUCAAGGUGGUCCUUGGUAGGAUAGUGGAUGACAGCGAGACGAGAUGGGUUGAGGAGAGAUACUUGGGCUGCUAAUAGUAAACAGUGGAAUCAACUGGUCGGGUUCGCCGAUACCAUUCGAUGACCUCUUUUCGUCCCGAGCUUCCCCACAACUUCCAAUAUAGCCCUCCAAGGUCGACAAGGCUUUGCGCACGACCCGUACCAUGUGGUUGAACUCUUCGAUUGAUAAGUUUGACGCGAUUCGCUGACCACGCGAAGCCUUUAAGAAGCUACCUAGUCAAGCAAUUCUAGUAGGGCAUGAUGUGGUCCAUUGCCUCGAAAUUUUCUCUCCCUCUGCCAACCAUGCUUGGCACUACAGGUACCUACCUACCUAAACUAGUGCAAUUGGAACAAGUUUCUAUUGCCCAGUCUCUUCAGUUUAGCUCUACCACGCUUCACUGCCAAGCCAUCCCUCUUUCACUUCCCACUCACCUCACCAGACAAUCGGAUUUCGACAAAGCUCCACAAACGGCACCCGUGGACUAAUUGCUGCUACCUUCCUUGGACUUGUUCCUUAUUCAUCCUUCCUGACGCAGUCGACCGGCUGCAGAGAUCAACAGCAUGACGAUCUGCAGUGUCUGUCGCGACUUCCAUCUGGCUCGCUCUUUUCCAGACGCUCCAGAAGACUCUGGUUGUGCGGCUCACUCGACAACAGCCUGUCUAAAUUGCUGGCAAAGAUGGAUUUCGAAUGAACUCAAGCGGGUGCAACCUGGUGAGCUUCGCUGCUUUGAAUGCCAGGCGAUCUUGAAGGAGAGUGAUGUGAAGCUGAGGGCCACGGUUGGCACAUACGAGCGGUACAUGCAGCUUGUUGCGUUUAUCAAUCGACCGCCACUCCAGGGCACAUAUCGAGAGUGCCUAAGGGCGACAUGCGAUUCCGGUCAGAUUCAGCCUGACGACUACUCGACGUUUCAAUGCCAAUCGUGCACUCACAAGCACUGCGUGCCCUGCCAGAUGCCUUUUCACGAAGGAGUGAACUGCGAGGCGCCGCUGCUCGAGCGUAAGCGAGCCGGUGUUCGGUUUGAGGUCAUUUGGAAGGGAAAGAUGCACAGCAUGCGUCAGGCGCAUAAGUCGGAAGAGGAUGCCACUGGGGAGGUUCUGGACAAGACGUGUAAGAAUUGUCCUGAACCGAGCUGUGGCGUGAAGAUCAUGAAGGCAGGUGGCUGCGAAAUGAUGGAGUGCUACAAGUGCGGUCUCAGUUUCUGCUGGCUCUGCCUAGCUCCUCAGAGCAAUGUUGAAGACCAUGGCAGCGCAGGCCACAAAGACGACUGCCCUCUCUGGCGACGCCCAGGCAUCGUCGGUCCUCAGCACGUCGACAUCGACAACGCAGAGGACCUCCUCGCGUUAGGAUUGCAGCUCGACGAAGAGGAAGAUGAAGAGAUCUAUGGCGGGCCAGAUGACUUUCUUGCGAACCUGCAGGCUUUCCAUCUUUUCAGAGGGCAUCGACUAACCCAAGAUGGUGAUGAGGCAGAGCCAGCGGCACGCAGGCCACCUACGCCAGAAUUCGCCGCUCUUUGGGGAUCUGGGAAUUGACGAUACCAACGGGUAUGGAGGCUCGUCUCACGAUGGUCCUUCCGACCUCGUCUCGACAGAGUGGUGAUGGAUUUCGCAGUUGCCACGACCCUGACUCAGAUGUUUGCUCACGCCGCAACUCCAGCUGAAGGCCAAGCUCUGGGAUAUGGAGGAUGUGGGCAAGGACCUACGGAUGUUUGGCAGGACGGUCUGAAGCGAGACUUUGAUGAGCACGGAAUUUUUCGGGGUCAACAACAGCGGAUGGAGGCGGAGAGAGCGGUUCGAAGGGAGGCUGGACGACGAAUAAUGGAAGGAGAUGCCAAGAGAGAGAGAUGGCUCAAUAAAUUUGGCGAGGAGUGCUUCGUAGAGAUCGUGAAGCCCCUCCGACCAAGAACAUACCCCUGGUGCAUUUGGCACCUUUGUACGCUACGUGUUAGACCAUAGCAGGAGAUUCAGCAUUGCUUCUCGGCCUCCCAUUCACCGUAUGGUCCUCACCGGAGCACAUCACGUAGACAUGCAGGCAGAGAAAUAAGUUGACGUGGAACCGGACACGGGAGAAAUUCGAUAUCAAAGCACGUAUGAGCGGAGCGUAGGUUGUCCUCCGCGAAUGACCUUUCUCGUUGCUGAUGCUUUCAUAGCAGCUCAUCGUAUGCGAAGACUAAGUGGCCCUGUUGAGCACAUGAGUGCUGAGCAUGAAAGUUGAUCUCUUCUUUUGUUGCCUUUGUACGCUUCCGCACAGCUUGGCAUACCCCAGUUCAUGCCCGGCAAUACCUCCUGAGUACCGGAACUUUUCGACCCAACCUCGGCUGCGUAUGCGUCCGCCGUUCCUCUAGAGACCAGACGCUGCCGCGGCCGCUGAUCGGCACCGAUACGGCGCUGGUGGUUCUCAUGGUCGUAUCAUGUCGUCUCUUUCAACGUGAUCUCCACUUCAACUCUCAUCCAUCGCUUCGCCAUCCAUGACCCCAGCAGGUAAUUUCCCCUCAUUGUACAACUUCUCCAGUCUCUGCACCUCAGCCAGUGUCUUCGCCUUUUGCACCAAAGUCUGAUACCGUUUCCUCUCAUCGUCCGUGAGCUUGACCCUCUUCGCGCUCGACCCAUUCGCAACCGCUGCGCUAGUUCUACUGAAAGCGCUACUUGCUUUGUUCGAUUUCACGGCCAUGAUACUCUUCGCCAGAUCCGUAGGUUCACUCGUGCUGCUUCCAAAGAGCUCCUUACCUUUCUUUCGCUCGGCGUCUUUGACCUUUUGGAAAUCGAGGAAUCGUAUCGUAGGGCAACGCCAGAGGACGUAGUAGCGGUAAUUCUACCCACAUGGUGAGAUCAGUAUAGACAUCCCUUUGUGUUUCCAUAAUCUUCGCGGUAUGCCUCGCGCCUCACUCACAUCCUUACUCGCAACCGGACAACCCACACAGCUCAAAUACGUCAACUUCUGGAAUCCUUCCAACGCGUCCAAAUCACUCAAUUCUGCCAACGCGUUCUGCGACAACACCAGCGUAUGCAGAUUUGGUAACGCCUUCGCCGUGCUCUCCGAGAUGGUGUUUAUCCGGUUCUGCGCCAAUAGUAGCGUCUGAAGGCGUGGGGAAAGUGGGAAGCCGGAGAGGGUUUGGAUGGCAUUGUCGGUGAAAUCGAUGGCUUCUUGGUCUUUGGCCGAGCCGAGGUUCUCGAUGGUUGGGAUUUUGUGUCCUAUAGUAGGAAAAGAGACCUUUGUAUCAACUAGCUCUCGUGUAGUAUCUGUUCUUUUCAGGGAAGAUUUUUGCGAUUUUGCAUACCUCGAAGAUCGAGUUCGCGCUCGUUGAGAGGAUUGUUGUAAGAGAGUGAUGAGGUGAUCAGCUCGGCAGUGAGGCGCAUUGUCUUUGAUGUUAUGCGCACUUGCUGCGGAGAGAGGAG